AUGGUCGCCCCACGAAACGCCGUACAUGCGGAAGAAAGCGCAGAGGUGGAGGUUCUGUACGCAGACCUCGAGAAGCUCAAUACACUUACGAAGAGAAUCCAGGGUUCAUUAUCGCGUCUUGAAGCUAGUGGGAAGGUGGUAAAGGAUGCCAUUGGUCCAAUCUACAACAACACCCAUGGCCUCCAAGUCACGAAUAGCAAUAUUGAGAAGGUAAACGAGGCAAUUGAAAGACUUCGUCGACCAUUAGACGUCAAAGGGAAAGAAGAGGCCAUUAUUCGUGCUGGUCCUGAGAGUACCGGCUUGCCCCAAUACCUAGGCGCUUUGAAUCGCAUCAACAUUGCCCUUACCGACCUUCAUGCCACAAAACUUCGGUCUAACCAAAAGGCAAUCUCAGAAUUUACCGUCCUUUUAAGUACAGGUAGCAACCGAGUUCAAGACUUGUAUCGCUCGAUUCUGCAGGAAAACGUUGGCAUUGUCGAACCACUCCAUUAUUUAACGAAGCAAAUUCCUUUCCCGUCAAUUCCCAGUGACAAAGCUCAAGAUUUAGCCCCACUCUGUGCAGCAAUCUCCAAUGCCUCAAAGAAUAUUUCAACGGGCGGCCAAAAUGAAAACCCUGCUGUAACGAUAUAUGCGGAAACCCGGGGUCCUUAUCUCACAUCCAGCUUGCAAAAUCUUGCGACUGCCUCCGUCAGUACCGCCAAGCGGCGACCAGCCGAUGGCCCCUAUAAGCAAGGGACGAACGGUAUUGGUGUCUAUGCUAGUGGCAUUGAAGAGAUGUUUCUCGCCGAAUACGAAAGUGUGAGCAGGGUAUUCCCGCCCGAUUGGCAAAGGAAAGCUUUACAGUCCACAUGUCGAUUUGCUCUGGCAGAGUUUUCGAAAACGCUUAGAGAACUGAACAUGUAUAUCAAAACCAACUUGAUGACGGAUUGUUUUCUCGCGUUUGAUAUUAUCGAAAUCGUCACUUCUUUGUCAUAUCGCCUCGAUUCAAAAACCGGAGAGUUGAAAACCCUUUUUUUCGAGGCGCUUCGGCCAAUCCGGGAGACCGCGAAAUCAUCUCUCUCUGAGCUAUUAGAAGAAACGCGCCGCAAGGCCUCUAAUAUUGCGGUAUUGCCCGACGACGGGGCCCGCAGUCCCUCUAACAGCAUAUUCCACCCCCUCUUGCCUCCAUUUCUCACGGUCUCUUGGAGACGGGAAACUUGGAAGCCAUCCAGCUCAAACAAUAGCACGCCAUUGGACGUUAACCCGGACAGUUCGACUAUCCUGUCCCAUUUCAUCCUUGAUAUGAUAGAUGCAUUACUUUCAGCACUCGAUAUUCGAGCAAGGAACCUCCUCAGGACGAAAUCGACUGUCGGGGUCUUCCUUGCUAACUGUGUAUGCGUCGUCGACCGGUCCAUUCAGAGUAGCAAUGAGCUCUCCAAGUAUCUUUCAACGCCGGAGAACGAAGCUCGUCUUGAAAUUUGGCGCAAGAAAGCCGUAUCGAUUUACAUCGACGCUUGGCGUGACCCAUCGUCCCAGCUCCUCGAUGUACAAUACACAAGCCGAGGAGCGCGCCCGACGUCCGGUGGACCAGUCGACUCUACUGCAAUUGUCAAAUCCCUAUCAUCAAAGGACAAAGAUAUCAUCAAAGACAAAUUUAAAGCAUUCAACUCUUCGUUUGAAGACUUGAUUGCGCGCCAUCAGUCAUAUAACAUUGAGCGCCAGGAAGUGCAAAGCUUGAUUGAGCCCCUAUACGCAAGAUUCUGGGACCGGUAUCACGAAAUUGAUAAAGGGAAGGAUAUAUUGAGAAGCGACGAUAUUCUUUUUAUAGAAGUUAAGCGUAUUUUCAGAGACGACAACAAUGAGCUUUCAGAGCCUUGA